AGCGUCGCAAUGCGCCUGCUCGGUGUAGUAGCCGGUUAUGGCGGCCGUGCGUGUUUGUCCAUGAGGUGGGGGACGCCUGCUGUACCUGCGGUCUGUGACACAGCAACCCGAGCGACUCGCCGCCAUGGCCGGAGUGUUUGACAUCGAUCUGGACCAGCCGGAGGAAAAUGUCUCCGACGACGAGAACGAUGAGACUCAAAACAUUGACAUCAUGGAUCAGUGCAGUGGGUUUGAGUUCAAUAUGGACGACUGUGAGAAGAUCGAGAUCUCCGAGGACAACGUCAAUCAGGGGACGGAGAACAUCAGACCAGAGUGCUUCGAGCUGCUGCGGGUGCUCGGAAAAGGCGGCUAUGGAAAGGUUUUCCAAGUUCGGAAGGUUGUCGGAGCUGCAGCCGGCAAAAUAUUUGCCAUGAAAGUUUUAAAAAAGGCUAUGAUUGUACGUAACGCUAAGGACACGGCUCAUACCAAGGCAGAGAGGAACAUCCUGGAGGAAGUGAAGCAUCCCUUCAUCGUUGAUCUCAUCUACGCCUUCCAGACGGGAGGGAAGCUCUAUCUCAUCCUGGAGUACCUCAGUGGAGGAGAGCUCUUCAUGCAGCUGGAGAGAGAGGGCAUCUUCAUGGAAGACACAGCCUGUUUUUACCUCGCAGAGAUCUCCAUGGCUCUGGGUCACCUGCACCAAAAAGGCAUCAUAUACCGAGACCUGAAGCCCGAGAACAUCAUGCUCAACAGCCAAGGUCACGUAAAACUGACCGACUUCGGUCUUUGUAAAGAAUCCAUUCAUGACGGGACGGUUACUCACACUUUCUGUGGAACCAUCGAAUACAUGGCUCCAGAGAUCUUGAUGAGGAGCGGCCACAACAGAGCGGUGGACUGGUGGAGUCUGGGCGCUCUGAUGUACGACAUGCUCACAGGAGCGCCCCCCUUCACAGGUGAGAACCGGAAAAAGACCAUUGAUAAAAUCCUGAAGUGUAAGCUGAGCCUGCCACCCUACCUCACGCAGGAAGCAAGGGAUCUCCUGAAACGGCUGCUGAAGAGAAAUGCUUCGUCGCGGCUCGGAGCCGGAUCAGGAGACGCCACAGAGGUGCAGGCUCAUUCUUUCUUUCGACACAUCAACUGGGAAGAUCUACUGGCCCGGAAAGUGGAGCCUCCCUUCAAACCUGUCCUUCAAUCAGCGGAUGACGUGAGUCAGUUCGACUCGAAGUUCACCAGCCAGACUCCGGUGGACAGCCCUGACGACUCCACCCUCAGCGAGAGCGCAAAUCAAGCCUUCCUGGGUUUUACGUACGUUGCGCCAUCAGUUCUGGAAAACAUCAAGGAGAAGUUUUCCUUCGAGCCAAAGAUCCGCUCCCCUCGGCGCAUCAUGGACAGCCCAAGGACUCUUCUCAGCCCGGGCUGGUCUCGCAGUCCCCUCAUCCCCGGCGUGGGACAGAGCGUCCUCCCGUCUCCUCUGGAGCAGCCCAUGGAUCUGUCCACCGCAGAGCAGAUGGACAUCACUAGUAGCGCCGAGGCCUCGGCUCCGCUCCCCAUCCGACAGCCUGCGGGGGUCAACCUCGCCCAGAUGAAGCAGCAAGCCUACCCCGUCGUGGCCAAACGGCCCGAGCAUCUACGUAUGAACCUAUGACCCCUGACUUCAUCUCUUCUCCCUCUGGUUUGGUGAUAUUUUUUAAAGGCAAAGAAACAGGAACGGAUGCUAGAGACAAAGAGAAUCCAAACUUCUUGCACAUCUGCACACUACAUGUACUGUCACGACCUGGAGUGUGCGCUUGGGGCCGGCACUCCGGCAGACUACAGUUCAGUGCUGAAGGUGACGCCGUCGCCCCGUCGACGUCGAUCAUUUCUCACACUAUGGUAUGGUUGGAGGUGAGACGCAGUCAGUCUGCUGGACUUUAAGAUAUCCAAAGUGCUUUGAUCUCUGUUAGUCGAUGCCAGUAAGCUCUACUGGAUGGAUUGCUGACAUGGUUCCUGGUUCUGGAUUAUGAUCUGAAUUAGGAUUAAUAUAAAAAAACCCAAAAAAACAAGUGGAUUGUGACGAUCAGACAAAAAGAGGCUCUAUAAACAAAAGGUUUUGCUUUGUUUUACGAAGUCUUACCAAGUGGAUCCAUUUUCUGUGCUGUGCAUCAACUUAUAGAGCCUCCAUUAAAUAAAAAACCCAAAAACUAUCA